AUGCCUUCGGACAACCACUUCAAGAGAGCCAUGUCUCUCGUCGACGCCGACAAGACAAAGGUCCUCGGCCUGACCGUUGGAAAAUACGAGAACGUGCAGCUGGGCCAGUAUGUCCCACGCUCUGAGGCUCAAGCUCCUCCCAAGCUCACCUUCGCCGGCGCAUCCCCCACCAGCACCUACAUGGUUGUGAGCCUGGAUGUCGACGCGCCAUUCCCCUCUCUCACCUUCCUAGGCCCUAUCCUGCACUGGAUCCAGCCCGAGGUCAAGGUUGGCGACGCAUCUGCGCUCGAAUUUGACGCACCCUUUGUCGCCAACUACAUCGGCCCGGCUCCUCCUCCUGGUAGCUCUCCCCACCGCUACAUCUUCUUCCUGUAUGAGCAGCCUGCCGGCUUCAACCACAAGGACCAUGCUCCUGCUGAUGGAAAGCCACUGGGUAACAUGGGUCGAAUUCGUUAUGAUUUCGAUGCCUGGGCCGAGAAGAUCAAGCUCGGGGACCCUGUCGCUUUCAACUACUUCACGAGCAACUAG